CGUGAGCCGGAAGUGGCGUCACAACACAACGACACACAUCAGGCAUUUGGUGGGAAAAUGAUUUCGCUUGCACGCACAUUUAACUUCAAAUUAAAAGCAUUAACGUGUGUUUUCUGAUAUUUAAUGAAAUGCCAAAAUAAGCGGCUAUGUGUCGAGUACAUAACAGUUAAAAGAAUUAACGCGCAGUAGCCCCUGAGCUGUGUUAAAACCACCAGGCUAAUCAGGCAAAGUUCACUCUGCCUAUUGUUUGCUAGCAUGCUAACACGUUAGCUAGCAGCAUGUCUGACGCUUAGUAUCAUUAAAGUAAAUUUAACGAACUUUUCUAGGUUUAAUUCACUGUCACUGAAUGAACGGUGUGUGUUUUAUUCAUUGUUAACCGGUACCGAGUGCGUGUAGUGACGAGGUAUCCGCCCAGCUGCUUUAUUUUCUUUCACACUGGUCAGUUAAUUGUCUUCAACCUGCCAAGAAUCAACAACAUGCCAGAAAUCAAACUCAAACACGUCGUGUCCUGCAGCACCGAGGACUCUGCUCACAAGGCAGACAACCUGCUGAGCUCUGACACCUACAGAAAGUGGAAAGCAGCAAGACCAGGGGAGAAGCAGACAUCCGUCAUCCUGCAGUUUGAGAAAGAGGAGCAAGUGCACAGCAUUGAUAUCGGAAAUGAAGGGUCGGCUUUUAUCGAGGUGCUGGUUGGGAAUUCUUCAGCCACCAGAGACCAGGACUAUGAGGUUCUUUUGGUUACGUCUUCCUUCAUGUCUCCCACGGAGAGCCGUAACGGCACCAACUUGAGCCGCGUGCGUUUCUUUGGGCCCAACCAGCUGCAGAAGAGCACAGCACAAGAGAAGUGGGACAGAGUGAAAAUUGUGUGUAGCCAGCCAUACAGCAAGAACAUAGCAUACGGACUAGCCUUCAUCAAGUUUCAUUCACCGCCUGACAAAAAUGAUCCUCCUCCGACAACGCCCCCGAAACUGACAAAGCUGGGACAGUUCAGGGUGAAGGAUGAGUCUCCUUCAUCUGCUCCCAGCCUGCAGCCCGGCAGUCUCUUCUUCAAUCGGGACAAUGCAACAAAGUCAAGCCCUUCUCCAAAAGUGUCUCCUCAGAAUCAGAAGCUGAGUUACGCUGCUGCUGCCCUGCAGGCUGGUGGCAGCUCCCACACAUCAAGCCAAGCGUCCUCUUCCAGCUCUGCCUCACCUCAGCCACCUGCAAAAAGAAAGUUUGAGUUCAGCAAAGAGCGACAAAAUGCCUCUGGCCCUCCACCCUCAAAGAAAAUUAGCCCAGCUGGCUCACCUGAGGGCAAAGCCGCGACUCCCAAACACAAGCCAAGCCCAGCCAGUACACCGAGCCCCAGCACUGCGAAAGCUUCCUCGGCACAGAAGUCUGCAGACAAGAAGCGGGCGAGCCCGUCCAAACCCGAACCCAAACCCAGACAACAGAAAGCUAAACCACAGACCGCGCAGCAGGUCCCAUUCAACCGGAUCAUGGAGGGGGUGGUGUUUGUUCUCAGCGGCUUCCAAAACCCCUUCAGAGGGGAGCUGAGAGAAAAGGCUCUGGACAUGGGAGCCAAAUACCGACCGGACUGGACUCCUGACGCCACACACCUCAUCUGUGCCUUCGCUAACACCCCCAAGUACAGCCAGGUGAAAUCAGCAGGAGGCAUGAUCGUACGGAAGGAAUGGGUAAUGGACUGCCACAAGAGGAAACAGAAGAUUUCCUAUAAACGGUACUUGAUGGAUGGAGCAGAGUCGAGUUCGGAGAGCGAAAUGGAAGUGGACGACCAGAGUGAAGAGGAAAUGAACACAAAGAGUCAUCAGAAGCAGGAGAGACAAGCGACCCCCAAAAAGACACCAGAAAAGAGGGAUGAAGAUGAUGAGUAUGCUGGCUCCACUGAUGUUGACGAACCAGGAGGUGAUGAUGAUGAAUCUGCCGUGGACACGGAAGACGAGCUGCAGAGGGUGGAGAACGAGAGCAGACAGAAGAAAGCUGCAGGAAAAGGGAAGACGGUGAAAGAGGAAGAUCCAUACGGAGGAUCGACGGAUGAAAACACAGAUGCCGAGGCUGAACAGGAUCAUCCCAUCCCCGAGCUCCCAAACUUCCUGAGUGGAAAGCACUUUUUCCUCUACGGCAAAUUCCCGAACAACGAGAGGCGCCUGCUGCUGCGAUACAUCGUUGCCUUUAACGGAGCAAUUGAGGACUACAUGACGGAGAAGGUGCAGUUCGUGGUGACCAGCGAAGGGUGGCACGAGUCCUUUGAAGAUGCGCUGAUGGAGAACAGCAACCUGAACUUUGUCAAGCCUGCGUGGAUUUACGCAAUCAACGACCGACAGAAGAUGCUGCCCUAUCAGCCGUACACAGUCGUCCCCUAAACUGCAGACACGCCUCCACUUCAGUUCCUGACCAAGACGCAGUAGGGGAAGCCAUAGAAACAAUUUUUCUUUCCUUUUAAUCCAGUUCUCUCUCAUUACAGCAAUAAACCAAUUAUAGUUAAUGGAUGCCUUUUACAUUUUACACAUUACUUUCUACUUGCUAUUCAUGAAAUGUCUUUCAGUCCUCUGAUGUUUUCACCUUUUGGCCAAGGCGGAAAAAAAAUGUCUAUUUAAAGAUAACGUUAGCAUUAGACUUAGCUUUAGGUUGUUAGUUCUUGCCUGGCCACAAACCUCUUCACCUGUGCUGCUCAGUCACUCUGGCUGUGCGAUCAGGGCAGACGCUCUCUGCUUCAGGACUCGUUUGAAUCUCUUGGUUCCUGUGCUGCAGUUCGCUGCUGCUCGCCACGCCUACCUCAGGCUCUGUCUGCAAAUGACUUAUCACCCUGUCCUGACUGCCAGCGGCACUGAUAACACUCUGGCUUGUAUAAGCAGGCAGACCAUUGUGAGACCAGCCCAAAGUCAGGUGAAAGGUGCCAGUGUUUUUUAAUGCUGCAGCCACCAGAUGCAAAAACAAGAACAACUAAAUAGUGUAAAUGGAAAUGAAUGCUUGGGAACUGUUUGUUUCUCUCCUUUUUGUUUUAUUAAAUGCCAUGAGUGGUAAAGUGAUGCAUUUCUGUGUGUUGUUAAAGUUUGAUAAAUGA